GCUCUCCUCCCCGCUCCGCCUGCUUUUGGUCUCUCCUCGCUCCCGGGCUGUCAGAUGGGAUAGGACACACCCGGGCGUGCGGGGCUCGGGGGAGCGGCGGUGGCAACCGGUGACGGCCGUCGGCUCGAAGGGAGUCGAAGAUGAGCUGGCGGUGGGCUCGCCAGCACUGGAACGGCGGCUCCUCCGUGCUGCUGCUGCUGCCGCUGCUGCUGUGGCACGGCCGCGUCCGGCCGGCCGGCGCCGACAACGCGAGCCAGGCGUACUACACCGCGCUCAUCAACGUGACCGUGCUGAGCCCCGAGCGCGGCGGGCCCACGCUGCUGCGGAUCGACCGCGGCCGCUACGGGCAGGACUCCCCCAAGGUGGAGGUCAAGGGGCUGCUGGUGGCUCCCGUCCCCAUCAACGGAGUUGCAGAUCGUCUGGGCUGUGACCCUCGAACACGUUUCCAGGUUCCACCGAACACCAAGCAGUGGAUUGCUCUGCUACAGCGAGGAAACUGCACAUUUAAAGAGAAAAUACUGCGAGCAGCUUCACAUAAUGCCACAGCUGUGGUCAUUUACAACAAUAUAUCCAGUGAAGAACCUGUCACCAUGACUCAUCAAGGAACUGGAGACAUUGUUGCUGUGAUGAUUACAGAAUCGAAGGUUAAGGAGAUCCUGAAUUACUUGGAAAAGAAUAUCUCUGUCCUGAUGGGAAUAGCAGUGGGGUCCCGUGUUCCUCCGAAAAACUUCAGUCGGGGCUCUCUAGUCUUUGUGUCAAUAUCAUUCAUUGUUUUGAUGAUAAUUUCUUCAGCAUGGUUAAUAUUUUACUUCAUCCAGAAGAUCAGGUACACAAGUGCACGUGACAGAAAUCAGCGUCGUCUUGGAGAUGCUGCCAAGAAAGCCAUUGGUAAAUUGACAACCAGGACAGUAAAGAAAGGUGAUAAGGAAACAGACCCAGACUUUGAUCAUUGUGCUGUCUGCAUUGAGAGUUACAAGCAGAACGAUGUUGUUCGCAUUUUGCCAUGCAAGCACGUGUUCCACAAAGUCUGUGUGGAUCCAUGGCUCAGUGAGCACUGUACAUGUCCAAUGUGUAAACUGAACAUUUUGAAGGCACUGGGAAUUGUGCCAAACGUGCCAUGCACAGACAACGUAGCCUUUGACAUGGAGAGGCUCACCCAGGGGCAGCCGGCCAGCCGGCGCGUCCACUUCGCCACCGACAGCUCCCUCAGCCUGGAGCCCCUGCGCACCUCCGGGAUGUCCCAGCUGCCACAGGACGGAGAGCUGACACCGAGGUCAGGGGAGAUCAACAUCGCAGUGACAAGCAGUCACUUCUUCCAUCGUAACUCUCUGUCCCCUCGAAGCCUGGUCUACGAGAGCGAGUUCUCAACCAUCGAGCCUGCCUUGGACAUGUAUGACGAGAACAAAACCUGAAAGGAAUCCAUGCUCCUUCCUGGCCCUUUUUCCGUUUUUUUCAUUUCUCAUUCCUAUUGUUGUGUACUCUUUCCAUGGAUCUCCUUUGUCUGAAGAAGAGCUGCUUUUUCCAGAACAUGAACCCACCUUCUCGAUUGCACAGACGAAGACCAGCUGUGGUGGUUUCUGAGGUGGCAUCUCUGAGCUGACAAAGAGUUGCGUGCAAGCAAGGUUGUCUGAUGGAAGUUGCUGAGUAACAGCAUGGGGAGCUGUGUCGGUCCAGCCGCGGCGACGCAGAAGAGGUUUUACGGUGGUCCUAAGAGUUUGUGUUGUACUGCAAAUGCAUCUCUUAACACAGGCGUCUGCUGUUUCCAGUUGUUUAAUUGUCCACGUGGUUGGGCAAUGUCAGAAAGGGAACUGGUUGUAGAGGAGAUGGCCAGUGACUGGUAAAAGCACUCGUAUAUCUUGGUCAAUCCAUAACCUUACUGUGAAAUAGCCCCUUCUGAGAGGGACCUUUAUAAGUGCAUUGAGUUUCCUACAACCCACCUAACCCCGGACAGUGGCGAGCCAGUCUGACGUUCAAGCUGCAGAGAGGACCUGCGUUUGCAGAAAGAUUUCAAGGAACUUGGUGCUUGGGUUUUUUUUCUCCAGUUUGAUUGAAGCAGGAGAAAAAUGGUGUACACAGAAUAUACUUUUGGUCCUUCCGUGUGCUCAAGUCAAGUGAGUCUCUUUCUGUAGAGAGGACGUUCACAGAACCAGCACUUGAUCUACCUGAUAACCAUUAGACUUUUUGAAAUAUGCAGGAAUCGAAUUAGCUUUCUUUCUCACUUAACUUUUUUUUUGGGGGGGUGGGGGGUAAAAAAAUCCACCGAAUUUUUCACUGAGGUUUUUUAAAAGCCAGCAUGUUGGCAUUACACAGAGAAGAAAAGAGGUAAGCUUCUUAUCCCAUUCUCCCGUUGAGAUCUGCAACAGUUAUUUAACAAACGCGUUCUCUGAGCUGUGCCCUUUUCCCACUGACAUCAAUAACGGGAAUGCAGAAAGCAGGAGAAGAAAGGAAAGCAGCUACUGCUUUGACACGCUGCAGGAAAAAUCAAUUUUUACCAGCAUGUGACAAAAGUGGUGGGGAAAUGGAUAUGGUUUGCAAGCUCCUGAGAGAACAAUGCAGAAAUGGAGAGCGAGUGUAACCUCUGGAGCUAAGUCAUCCACGCCGUUCCUCAAAAGAGCCGACAUGGAGGAGCGAGCGCUUCUGCUCCACCUUUUCCUACCAGACAAUGCAUAGCUGUUAAUGAAUGUUUGGAUUUUUCUCCAUUGCAGUCUAAGUUACUGUAGGUGUAGAAAUGCAUUUUGUGUCCUUGUAAUAUGAAACACAGUUUCAUCCUCUGUAUAGGAAUCUUGAGAAAUAAUUAAGCCAAAAAGAAAGGUAAGACAUACUCUGCCGUGCUUUAAUUUCACCUGCUUUUGAUACAAGCAGGGGAAUUUCCUCUCCUUUAUAAUGUUUUUAAUUGUAUAGCAGUCUGCUUAACAUAUAUCCUUUUCUGAGGUGUGGUUCAGCUGUGUCUUUAACAUGGAUGUUUAAGAGAAAAAAGAAAAACCCAGCUCUGUAAAAUGAGGAAAUGAUCCUCUUUGCUGAGCUUCCUUUGACUUUUGUUGCUGUGCGUCAGCUUUAUUUAAUCUGAUAAUUCAAGAGUGGGUGGUGUGAAGUGUAGGGAGGUUUUUCUCAUAAUACCCACAUUUAUAUUUACCGAAUGCACUUUUAUUGUCAUUCACUCCAGAAAUGUGCUGAAGCCCCAGACUUCUUUAAGAGCACAAUUUUGACACCCACUUUCUCCUGCGAAGCAAAAGUGAAGGUCACAGAAAGUACCAGCAGUGGCUUGAGCAGCAUCAGGUCGUGGUCAGGAUCCUUCCUCUGCUGGCAGAUGUGCAAGAGGGGCAGUGACACAGCUCCUGACAGACAAGCCCAGGCAGAGCUCCCCAACCCGGCCUGGCUGAGCUGUGCUCAGGCCCGUACAGGGCUCGGGGGCGGCAGAGGGGCCGAUUGAGCAACCCCUGUUUUCGUAAUUACAUCUGCAGGAUCACAGCAGGUAAACACGUGAGAGCGGGCACCUUCCAAAAACAAAUGCCUGAGAGAAAAAUCACCAGCUCUCAAGGAUGUUAUAGGGCUUGUUUUUAUCCGUGGUGGGCAGUCAGGGUCACAAUAAACCCACAGACACCUGGCUGUUCCUGGUUGAAUACAAAAAUGUCUGGGUGUCUCUGCAUGUGCACAGAGGGGUUUGGGUAGGACAGCCUCUUGUAUGGGGUGCUGAUCCUCCACGCAAAUCCUUCUCGUAGGGGCUGUCUCAGCCUGGCACAGGGAUUUCCCCCAAGGCCACCAGGAGCAGCACCAGGGCACAGGUUCGGCACAAAACCAAAACUGAUGGUUUCUGAGCUCCAACUGAGCCCGUUCGCAGGGAUGUACAGGAUCCGUGCCAGGAUAUACAGAAAAGCUAGAAAAGGCAUGGAAAUUAAAUUUAAAAGCUAGAAAGCACAAAGCCCCCAAAGACAAAGUAAUAAAUAAUGUCAUUUGUAUUUUGUUAAAUUUCCUUAUUUCCAACUGAACAUCUUGGUUUUAAGCGGGGGGAGGGCAGGUUUGCCUCUGUGGAGAUCAGGGUCUGGCAUAGUGAUGUAAAAGUGGAUUUGUGCUGUAGCAUCUUGGAUAAGGGAGCUGAUGUUUAUAAUUGGCAUCCUGGAUUUGGAAAAUCUUGCAACAGUGGAAAAAUUAAAAGCUUGUUCAAGCAAUUGAUCCCUACGUGCUGUAGCAGACGUUCUCCCACUUAGUCAUAUUUAGCAUGGGGAGGAGGCACCACAGCAACAUGGGUGAUUUUUUUCUGGGCUUUGCUGGUAAGUUUGAGGUUUUCCUUUUAAUAUUAAUCAGUAUAUAAAAAAAGCUUGGUGAGCAUCGUUGUUCUUGUUCUGCUGCAGUGGUGCUGUGUGUGGUUUGAGUCAUUUCACAGAAAUAAAACAUAACAGCAAUCUACCAAGGACUGUAAGUGCCAGUAACUUGGAAAAAUCGUUUUUAAGGUUAAAAAAAAAAAGUGCUUUUCAACAGCAACAUUCAUUUUAUGACUUCUACAUAUUAAAAAAAGCUUUUAUCUCCAAGUGUUUCCCCAAACUAUUUAAACCCCAACACUUCACCUUCUCUUUCCUGGCCUCUUGUUCUAUGAAAGUUUUGCAUGUUCCCAUAAGACAUUUGUAAAAUCAAGAUUUGCUUGUGUUCUUAGAGGAUAAUUGCCAGUAAAAAAAAAACAGACUGUAAGUGUGCUAUUUACCUAUAAUACAACAUUAAAUAUUAAACUUGAAGCAUGUUAAAAUUUACCUAAAGACCCUCACAAUUGCUCUCUCCAAUGAGCUCCUGUGUUGGGAUCUGCACUGUCCCCUUGCUCUAGGAUGCUUGCCCUGGCACCUAUAGGAUGCUAUAGGAAUAGCCAGGUAUCCUACAUUAGCCAAAGAAAGACCAAAAAGAGUUCAAUAAAUGUGUUUAGGACUAUGUUAUGAGACUUUUACACAUCUUCUGUUUUCUUUAAACACACUCUUGUAAAAUAGUGCAAAGGCUUGGGAGAGCCAAGAGCUUUUUACCAGGUACUGGAGAGCAGAGGAAAUUCUUCAGGAAGCAUGGGUCACACUGAGGCUUCAGAACUUGUUCAGUCCAAUUUAGGUUUGAGGUAAUGCCACAAUCAGGUCAUGAGCUGAAGGAUGAAGGCACCAGGGUUGAGCUGAAGUUCAGGCAGCUCUGCAGCCUGAUUACUGGCAAGUGAGUUGACUUAAUUAUUAAAAAUAUUUGGCAUUUUGCUUAGCUAAUAGUAGUUUGUUUUCUACAGCAUAGAAAAUAGCUCACAAGCUGAGGCACAGUGGGGCAAAUGAAAGAGCCACAGGGCUGCUGCCAGCCCUGCAGGGUAGGGAGAGAAGGGCAGGAGGACUCAGGGCAGGGACCUCAGGAAACACCUUCAACUUCCCAAGUGAAGCUUUUGCUCCUUUUUCACCCCUUGUUACACAGCCAUACUUGACCUAAUUUUCCAGUCUGAGCAGUGCAGAAGAGUGCAUGAUGUGCCAUGACAGCUUGCAUAUGUGUUGUUAUAUUUAAAGAUUUCUUCACUUUUUCCUUUCCCUGCUAGACUUGCUGCACCACAGGGCACUGCUCAGGGCAGCUUGAGCUCUGGCACACUCGGUGGAAACCGCUGAUCAGGGGAGGGAGUGAGGGAGGGAAAGAUGCUCCAAUUAAGCUGAUUGGGGGGAAAUCAGGGGAAAGGUAGAGUGUACAUCUGUACAUUGGUGCUCAUUUAUGCUUUGUUUUCAAUGGUUUUGAAAUAAUUAGGAGAAAAAGCAGUACUCCCUACCCCUUCUUUGUGGGAUGCGGUGACAAGAGCAGGGCUGCAGAUGGGAUUUUGCUCCUGGUGCAGAGCCGUGGUGCUCUGUAACCCCCAGUUGGUGAUGUCCUGACCUGUUGGUCAAAGCCCCAACCUCACAGGGGCCUGGCAGGUUUACUUGGUGCUUGUAAAGUGCUUUAGGGAGAAUAAAUCCACUUGCAUGAGCCUUUGCAAAGCAGCACUAAUCAACACCUUGUUGUCUGUCAGUGGUUUGAGCCUUUCAUUACCCUACUCUUUUUAGAAGCCUGCAACAUUCCCAAACAUUCUUAAUUCUCCCCAAUUAAUCUCUGCUAUCCCACUCCAUCAAUUACUACCUGCUUCCUCCUCCUCUGGAGAGCCAGGUAAAUGUCCCCAUUGUGCAGGCACUGCCGUCCACCUGUUCUCCAGCAUCUUCUUCAUCACUGUGCCAUCACUGUGCCAUCACCAUGCCAGCCAGCCCCUCAGAGGGGAUUCAUUGCUCCAAACCAGCAUCACGGUCUGUGGGAGCACAGAGGUUCCUGGUGGGCUGUUCUUGGCCAAAGCAGGCUCUGUGGGAUUUGGGCUGUCCUUGUGGGAUGCUCGUUCUGUGGAUCCCUACAUGGAGCAUCCUUUCACUCCUCCACCCAGUAACCUCAUGGAGAUGCCCACAUGAACAGAGAUGGAUGUGUAGGUUGUGCAAUAACAUCUGAAUAUUUAUUCUUUUUUAUGGCAAUAAUGUCCAGGGUCCCUGGGUUUGAGGGCCCCUGUGGUAUAAGAUGUUGCCCAAAAAUAGGCCCUUUCCUAAAGAGUUAAUAAUUAAGUAUUAAUAUUCCUGCAAAGUAAGAAGUACAUAGUGUUUUAUUGAAAGUUGAAGCUAUUUAGAGCGAUUUCAAUGCCAGGCUGAGGUGUAACAUGAGCUAGUGUCAUACAGCUGGGAAUGGGGUUUUGCAGCCCAAAAAUCAACUGGACGUGCAUGUGAAAGCUCCCUCACUUCUGCUGGGCUAUUCCUUUCUCUACAUCCAUCUACAAGCCCCUCAUGGUCCAGGAGCUUUUUAUUUUCCCUGAGCUCAGCUGUGUGCAUUUGCUGUGCUGUUUGCCUUUUUUUUUUCUGCUGCUUCCCACAUGCUCCAGGGCUCAUUUUCACUUGGCUGUGAUUUGACCUUCAGCUGCCCAAACCCCUUGGAGGGACAGGAGCCAUUAAUUCCCAGCAGAGCAGAUCUGCUGGGCUGUGCUAAGGCCUGGACCACCAGAUUUGCUCUGGAUUCCCCCCUCCCCUGCCCAGUGCCUGUGUCUGUAACACACUCGGGUUGUCUUGGGCAGUAAGGGCUGUAUCUGCCCGCAACCUUCCCAUGGACCUGGGCUGCACUGGGAAGUAGGAUGGUACAGAAACCAGCUCAGCAGCUCAGCAACCCUCCCAUGCUCCAGCACAGGAAAGUCUGGGCUUGAAAGUAAACUUGUUCUUUGCUGCUGUAAAGCCAGAAUGUUUAAUGGAGUGUUUGGGGCUGUUAAAGCAAAGCUCCUGUUUGCCCAUUUGUGCAGUCCCAGCAAGGCGACAUCCCAGCGUGUUGCUUUCUGCUUUUGCUGGAAGGUGCUACAUGAACAAGAAGCCUUCUCAGUUGCCACCACAUCAGCAGGUAGACUUUUCCCAGCCUGUAUGUCUAGGCUUACCUCCCAGCACUGGUAAGACCUGUCGCACUGCUCCUAUAAAGGGGAAUAACCUUUUGGAGCAAACUGAGUGGUAGCAUCGCUCUUCUGCUUGUCCCGUCAGCCCUGCUGCAGUUUGCAAGUAGCUGUUAAAUACUAAAAGCUUCUCUGUAUGACCAUGCCUGUCCAGGAUCACUUGCUCGAGGCCAUGGCUAACUAUGCACUGAAUCCAUCAAAACAGGAUUGUUUUAUCUCAGCAGAGAAGGGACACCCCAGCCUUUGGGUACAGGAGACUGCAGCAAACAACAACAACAACAACAAAAAAACAAUUUGUGUGUAAAAGGAAAAGUCUGUUUCAACUGGCUUGCUGCAAGGUGGGUCACACCGGUGUGACCAGGUAACCUAAACACUCCAGCAGCUACCAGGGGCCUGGGGGUGCUGUGGGGACACGGGCACGGCGGGUGAAGCGGUGCCCUCCUGACUGUCAGAGCUCUCCAGCCCUUUUGAAAGUGUAGCUUGCCAGCAGCAGAACUUGUUGACGUGUUUUGAUGUAAGUAUAACACUGUAUUGUAGUUACGUGGUAUAUGCUGAUAUGUUAAUAGUGUAUACUGACUAGUUAGGGUUUGCUAAUGUACUACAUUUCAAUAAAAAGCAAUUUAAAAAAUA